AUAUUUUUCGAUAUAUACCCAUUCCACCCUAUCUCCAAAGCUUCGCAUUAUAAAAUUCAUUUUCCCAUCACCAUGUCUACCCCGAUGUCCGAUGGCUCCCCAGCACAAGAAUCCGAGAACCCUCUCCUCCGCGCCUCAAAUCCGAUGGUCUCCGAUCUGGAACAAGAAGUUCUCGAUGAAUACUCUAGGCUACUGGGCAAUGUAAAUAAGCUGUCUGACAAGCUCGCCGACCUCUCCGGUGAUCCCUCAUCCCUUACCCUGGACGGCCUCCGACUUCUUGAACGGAAGACGGCGACGGUUUGCACCCUUUUGAAGGCCAGUGUGUACAGCAUUGUGCUCCAGCAACAGAUCUUCAACGAGAAUGAGGAACAGCAGCAGAUGGAGCAGCAGGGCGAUCAGAUGCAGUAUCAUGAUCAGGGGUACGAUUAUCAGGAUGACGAUAUGAGCUUUGAAGGGCGGUUUACUUGA